ACUGUUGGACCGAAUGAAGCCUUAGUUCGUUCAGGUGGCUGUUGUGGUAAUGAUGCAAAGAAAACCGUUAUAGGGAGUUGGGUAUGGGCUUGGUGGCUCGUCACAGACGUUCAGUCCAUAACAUUGGAAGUGAUGACACUCAACCCAAAGUGUGAGAAGGUGGAGACAGCGCAAGGUGUUGCUGUUACUGUGACAGGUGUCGCUCAAGUAAAAGUCAUGACAGAACCUGAACUCCUCAAGACAGCUUGUGAACAGUUUCUGGGAAGAACAACCAGACAAAUUGAAAACAUCAUCCUUCAAACACUGGAAGGACAUCUUCGAGCUAUUCUUGGUACUCUGUCUGUGGAAGAGAUUUACAAAGAUCGUGAAGCAUUUGCUGCUCUGGUCCGUGAAGUGGCAUCUCCUGAUGUCGGAAGGAUGGGGAUUGAAAUCCUCAGCUUCACCAUCAAGGACAUUGAAGAUCAUGUUGAUUAUCUGGACUCACUGGGUAAAACUCAGACAGCCAAAGUGAAGAGGGAUGCAGACAUAGGUGUGGCUGAAUCAAACAGAGAUGCAGGAAUAAGGGAAGCAGAGUGUGAAAAAGAAAAGAUGGAUGUAGCUUAUCAAGCGCAAACAAAUAUUGCAGACUCCUCAAGAGAAUUUCAGAUGCAGAAAGCUGCUUUUGACCAGGAAGUAAAUGGCAGAAAAGCUGAAGCAGAACUUUCCUAUGAAUUGCAGGCUGCAAAGGAAAAGCAGAAGAUCCGAGCUGAAGAAAUCCAAAUUGAUGUUGUGGAGAGAAAGAAGCAAAUUGAAGUUGAAGAAAAGGAAGUGGCCAGAAAAGACAAAGAGCUGGUGGCUACAGUAAAACGACCAGCUGAAGCUGAGAGUUACAGAGUGGAAACAAUUGCACAAGGAAAAAGGACACAGACUGUAUUUUCAGCACAGGCAGAUGCAGAGAGGAUUAAGAUGACAGGAAGCUCAGAAGCGUCUGCCAUUGAAGCAGUUGGUAAAGCCGAGGCAGAGGGCAUGAGACAGAAAGCUGCAGCAUACAAAAUGUAUGGAGAUGCUGCUUUAACUGCCUUGGUAUUGGAGGCUUUGCCAAAGGUUGCAGCAGAAGUUGCAGCUCCUUUGGCUAAAACCGACCAAAUUGUUCUUGUUGGUGAUAGUGGUGCAGGAGUCACAGGUGAAGUGUCCAAACUUGUGAGUGAGCUGCCUCCUGCUGUCCAGGCUCUCACUGGAGUGGACUUGAGUGGA